GACGUGUGCGGGCGGAGUCACACUAAGAGUGGAGAGGUGUGUCAGGCCGCGGGCGGUAGGGGGCGUUGUGCGGCGUGGCUGGGCCUCCGGCGGCCGCUCUUGCUCGCUCGCUGCCUCUGCAGCCCCGUGCUGCGUGUGCAGCGGGGCCCGGCCUGAGCAUGGACCGGAACCCGACGCCGCCGUCCAGCGAGGCGGAGGAUGAGGAGGCCUCGGGCGACGCCGUGGGGGACACCGUGUACAGUAAGCACUGGCUCUUCAGCGUCCUCACCAAGCUCAUCGAGGUUAUUAGCCCUGAAAAGAAUGACUUGAACUUGAGCAAUGAGGAGAUACAGACAGAGCUAGAGGAAGAAAUGGAGAAUGACAUAUGUAAAGUGUGGGAUAUGUCCAUGGAUGAGGAUGUUGCUUUAUUUCUUCAAGAGUUUAAUGCCCCUGAUAUUUUUAUGGGAGUGUUUGCCAAGUCAAAGUGUCCUAGACUCACUGAAAUCUGUGUGGGAAUAUUGGGUAAUAUGGCCUGUUUCCAAGAUAUAUGCAUGUCUAUUAGUAAAGAUGAGAAUCUUGGACAAGUUUUACUGCAGCGUUUAUGUGAUUCAGAUUCUCCUACUCUGUUGGAAACAAGCAGGUUAUUGUUAACAUGCCUCUCCCAACCAGAUGUGGCCAAUAUCUGGGUUGAAAGAAUCCGGGAAAACCCCUCUGUAUAUGACUGUGUUUGUUUUAUCAUGUCAAGCUCUACAAAUGUUGAAUUGCUGGUAAAAGUGGGUGAAGUGAUGGAUAAGCUCUUUGAUCUAGAUGAAGAUCUAAUGUUAAAUUGGAUUAAAAAUUGCUCUCGUCAGUCAGUGGGUCAGUCUACAGAUGAUUCCCCAGAAGAACUUUCAGAUUUUAAGAUUGUGCCUUGUUUACUUGAAGCAGCAAAACAAGUUCAGUCAGAUAGCCCAGAAGGACUGGAUGUUUACAUGCAUAUCUUACAGCUUCUAACCACAGUGGAUGAAGGCAUUCAGGCUAUUGUGCAGUCUCCUGAUGGAGGAAAAGAGACUUGGAGUUUGCUUUAUGACCUGGUCUGCCAUGAACUUUGCCAGCCAGAUGAUCCACCAAUUAUUGUUCAAGAACAGAAGACUGUAUUGGCCUCUGUUUUGUCUGUGUUGUCAGCCAUGUUUGCUUCACAAACAGAACAAGAAUAUGUCAAGAUGAGAAAAAAUAUGCCUCUGAUCGGCAGCCUGAUUCGUGUCUUACAAUAUAUGGAGGACUGUGGAAAGAGGUCUGUAGAUAAUUCAAAAGAAUCCAAGCCAGAUGAGACUGAAAAGUCGGGACUAAUUCAGGAAGACUUCCAUUUGAAAAUUUUGAAGGAUAUCUGCUGUGAAUUACUUUCUAACAUGCUUCAAGAAUUGACUAAGGAAAAUAUAUUGGAGGGACUAAACCAGGGACAUCUCAAUGAACAGAAAUGUUCCUGUGCAUUUAAAAAUCUAUUACCUCUGUAUUUCACGGCGGUGGAGAGUUUUCAUGAAGUGUUGCGUGAGGCAGAUCAGACUCUUGCAGACAAUCUAGAAAAAUGUUUCCCAAGCCUCAGGCUCCAGACCUAGGAACAUGUGUGUAAUAUUUUUCUCCUAUGGAAUGAACAUUUUGACUAUUUCUUUACAUUUGAUUUAAAAAAAAUCAAAAAGUCCCUAAAUGCAGAGGAACCAAACCCUCCUUACCUGCAGGCAAUUAAAAAAUUGUCCAGAUUACUUUGAUUAAUCCAGGAUUAAGUCAAACUGGGAGGAGGAAGAAAACAAACUUUUAUUCAGCUCUGUGUCUUGCAGUUUUGUUUGCUUUGGUGAAGCAAACAAGUAGAACAUGAAGUAGAAGUACACUUUUAAUAACUCCUGACCCUUUGCUUUUUACCUGUCACUGGAACAAGGGCAUAUGAUGAAUGUUUCAAAAUGGUUCUGGUUUUUCAUAAAAUUGCUAUAGCGAGAAGGAGGAAAUCUUAAAUAUUACCCAGCUAAGUGAUUUGUUGCUUUUUGAGGGAUCUUAGAAAAGCAGAGUUAAACCACAUGAUAAAUUACUUCAGAUUUGUGGUGUCUGAAGAGUGUGCCAGUUGUCACCUGCAGAAAUGUUGAAGCCUGAGAUGUUCAGUGAUAUUUGAGGAAGUUUGCUAGUAUAUAGUUGCCAUUGAAUCGUACCUCUCGCACUUCUCAAAAUCCUCUUAAAUGUUAAAUGUUUUACAUUUUCAUAUAGUUUAUCUGUAGUGUAGUGCAACCCACAUUAUCCACUGUAUUUAAACAUCAGAUAUGUUUUAACAAGUUCAGCUUGUCUUGUUUCUAAAAACUGGAACUUCUAACAGCUGGCCUUCAUUAGAUUGCAUUGUUAAAGAGGAUAGGAGCAAGGUCAUGGAGAAUAGCUCAUUAGUAUGCAUAUAGUACCCUGCUGUCCUGAUAGCUGUUGGCUUUGAGUAUUGUGCUGGUACACAUUUUGCUUGCCUUGAGUUACUUGUGCAGGUGAUAAUUUUCAAAGGUACAGUGUCUUUUAAUAUGGCCUUUUCUUCCAAACUUCAGGUUUUCAGAAGUGAUGCAAAUAUAUUUUUCCUCAGGCAGUUGACAACACCUUUGUUGUUAGCAAGGAGACCAAAAACCAGAAAAAUCUGACUUAAGUCACCAGUAAAGAGUUUGUGUUUCUGGAAAAGUCUGUAUGUUUUGUUUAUUGGGAACAGUAGAUAACUGUGAAUACAGCAACAUUGUUUUCAUACUACUUUGACAGCUUUUGAAUAUUUUCUUAAAACUACAGAAUUGUAAUAAAGAUUGGUUUUUAAAAAAAAAAACAA